AUGAUACCUGUGUGCUGCGGAGCCGUCACUCUGAAGUGUCGCAUGUGUUGCGGUUGCAUGGAGCAGAUUCCAGAAUGCGUUCCCGGGACCACACCAAUCUUGCCGAAUUCCUCGGAUACAGACGUAGCCACACAAUCAAAGAAGACCAAGUGUUGCCCUUGCCGUACCUGCUGUGAUCAGCCCGUGGUUAAUGCUCUUUCCUUCUACUCCAACAGCAUCAUUGAGCUCGCUCAACAGAUCCAGUCGGAACGCCAAAAAGCUCUACAAACACCAAUUGGCAUUGCAUUUGUGACAUUCGACACGGUUAUGCAGGCCCGUCGCGUGCGUCGGGACUACCAACCAGCCCGGUGUGUCCGUAAACCUCAUGCGUCGGUGUUUUCCGAGCGACUUCGCAGCGACAGCUGGACUGUUGAUUACGCGCCGACACCCAACACCCUCAUAUGGUGA